GCCGCGGGCAUUUGGUGCACGCCUUCCCGGGCUCGCUGCUGCAAGAGUUCUACACCACGGAUGGAAGUGGCACGUGUGUGGCGCAGGACGUGUACCAGGGCCUGGGUUGUGCUGCCCUGGCGGACGCGGCCUCCAUCCUGGAGCUCCUGGCUGCGGAUGGCCACGAGCUGCAGCUGGAGGCGGUGGAGGCCAGCUGCGCUGCCGGGGAGUUCUUCGUGUGGCGCAGGGAUGAGGUGGUGCUGGGCUGCGGGCAGCUGGUGGCCCACGUCUCCGAGGGCCUGGUGGCGGAGCUGCGGCACCUGAGCUGCGCCCAGGGCACCUUUGUCCCCAACGCGCCGGCGCUCUUCGCCUACGCGGAGCGCGCGGCGGCGCUGAAAGGCGCGCGCCUGCUGGCGGUGACGGAGGUGCAGGACACGGAGCGCAUCGAAUGGUUCGCCCAGCGCGGCUUUGCAGACCCGGCAGCGGAGGACGCCUUGCCGGGUCCCUUGCAAGUCCCGGGGGUCGCGGUCAAGCGGCUGGGCGCUAAGUCCGGCGAGGAGGCCGAGGCGGCCAUCGCGGCGUAUGCCGAGGAGCAGCGGAUGUGGGGUGGCAUGGACUGACCGCAAGCUGGGGCAAAAGUCGUGUACUGAAAAACCGGGUGUACCUCUCUUGCAGACCUCCAGCAGUUCCCCUGC